AUGGCGAGUUAUUUUGACAUGAACGAAUUCAGCGUAGAACAGCUUAUGGCUCUCAAUAGUAUCAUAGACAGUGAUAACGAGAUUGACGAAAGAGUAGAGAACAUCAUGGAGGACAAAACCUACAGGAUUGCACCUAGUGAUAAGGGCAAAGAUCCCCUUGAAGGAGAAAGACAAUUCGUAGAUGAAGUUGACCGUGAUAUGGAGGUAAAGAAACCAAGACGUCUUCCUUUGAACUAUAAGGGUAGAAGAGGAAUUAUGCCAACAUGGAAGUACUCCGAAAGACAAAAGGCUAAGGCCUUACUUGUAGAGGAGGCAUACCAAAGUCUACUAGCAAGGGGAGUUAAGGGGUUACCACCAACAAUGGGAGGUAGAUGGCGCACAGAUGAUCCCCAGGUGAAUGCGGAAAUUAGGAGAAUCGAAAAUGAGAGGAAUCGUAAGCGUCCCAGAGGUAGACCACCAAAGCCUAAGGUUGAUGGCGAAGUUAAGGUUCCUAAAAGGAGAGGUAGACCACCAAAGUCUAAGGUUGAUGGUGAAGUUAAGGUUCCUAAAAGGAGAGGUAGACCACCAAAGCCUAAGGUUGAUGUUAUACAACAAAAGCCUAAGGUUAGAAGGCAAACUGUCGCGGAAAGAUUCCUGAGUCAAAAUAGGAUAAAACUCUCGGUGCCUGCAAACAGUAUUAUAACUCCAACAGGUCCAGGUAAGUUCACGAUCAGUGUAGAUCUUAAUAAGAAACCCACAAGGAAAGCUCCUGAAGUGCCUAAGGGUGUAGCUCCAUGGAGACCAACACCUAAACCCAGAACUAGACUUCCUCCUAGGGAAAGACCUGUAUCGAAACCCAGAACGGUACUUCCCAAGGAAAGACCUGUACCGAAACCAAGGACUACAAAACCAGUGUCUCCUCCUAAGGUCCGUAAGCCUGUAAAGGUGUCAAGAGAAGUCAAGGAGCAGCCUAUAGUGGUUACACCAGAGAAACACGAAAUAGACCCAUUUGGAACUUACCUUGAAAAGCCAUUCCACAGAAAAAUUGAAACAGCCGCAAAUGGAGCUGCUGUAACUUACUCAAUAACUCCUCAUUAUAUGGACCCCCUGAAUCAGUUAACUGCAAGUAGACAGGUAGUGAGAGGAAUACUUGUGAACGAAUUGAAGAGAAUGGGAGGGUUGAAGUACACAGAGACAAUAAAGGUGAGAAUGUCGAAGGAGAUAGGUAACGGUAAAACAAAGAAGGACUCAAUCUACUUCAAGUCUAAAACUGCCACUGCAACUAACUUCGAGGAUAUUGAAAGUACAGCUGCUCAAAACCAACUAACAAUUUUGUCUAGAAUUGAAACCUUUCAAAACUUAGGUUCAAAUUGGAUUAUUCUCAAUAUUGAGAGCCAUUACGUGAACAUUGCAAUGUAUAAACCUCUAAAGGGUAGUUCAUAUAUGAAACUUCCUGGGGACAUUAGUAAUCCAAAGUGUGGGCUAAUCAAUAUGAAGAACAACGACAAUAUGUGUUUCCUGUGGAGUCAUGUGAGACAUCUAAGACCUAAAGCUAGAAGAGCAACUACUAUUACACGGAAGGAUAGGGAGUUUGUAGACAACCUGGAUUAUAGCGGUAUAGACUUCCCUGUGAAGAUAAGUGAUAUUGAUAAAAUUGAGAGGAAAAACAGUAUAAACAUAUCAGUGUUCGGUUAUAAGGGUAAAAAGCAGUUCUAUCCUAUAAGAAACUCAAAGGCUAAAUACAAUGAGCAUAUGGAGCUUCUACUGCUAGGUGACGGAAUGCUUUUCAGCGAAAGUGGAUACACACACAAGAAACACUUUUGUUUACACUGUCUUCAUAGUUGUGUAAGUAAAGAGGUACUGGAAAAACAUAAGGAGACAUGUCUGGAGGUAAAUGGAACUCAGGCUGUAAAGCUUCCCAAGGAAGGUACAAAAAUAAAGUUCAAAAAUCACAGGAAAUCGAUGCCUGUGCCGUUCGUGAUAUACGCUGAUUUUGAGUCAAUACUGGUACCAGAGGAGAGAAAAGUGGAGUCAGAAAACCCUGAGGACAAAAGUAGUACAGACCUUUACCAGACACACAAGGCUUGUAGUUUCGGGUUAAAGACUGUCUGCCAUUAUGAUGAUAAGUACUCUGGUGAGUAUAAGAGUUACGUUGGAGAGGAUGCUGCACUGGUCUUCCUAAAGACUGUAUUAAUAGAGUCUUUAAGAUGUAGAGAAAUGGUUAACAAUAUAUUCAAUAAAAAGAUGGUAAUUACACCUGAAGAAGAAGCUGAGUUCUGGAAGGCAAGAAACUGUUCAAUAUGUGGUAACGAUCUUGGUGAGGAUAGAGUAAGGGACCAUGAUCAUGUAACAGGAAUGUACCGUGGAGCUGCUCAUAAUAUAUGCAACCUAAAAUACAGAAUUACAUGGAAAGUACCUGUAGUCUUCCACAAUCUGAGAGGUUAUGACAGUCAUCUAAUUAUGCAGGAAAUUGGUAAGUUCAAGAUGAACAUUAACGUGAUCCCAAAUAAUAUGGAAAAAUACAUUUCAUUCUCACUGGGUAAAAAUCUUGUCUUCAUAGACUCUAUACAGUUUAUGGCUUCUUCACUAGAAGCACUGGUGAGUAACCUUUCACCUGAGGACUUUAAAAUAGUAGGUAAGAGGUGGAAGGGUGAGGACUUCAAUUUAGUAACACAAAAAGCAGUCUUUCCAUAUGAAUUUCUGGAUGAUAUUAGUAAACUUAAUACAGAGGGUCUUCCUAGUAGAGAUAAGUUUUACUCAUCACUGUAUGAGUCAGAGGUGAAGGAAGAAGAUUACCAAAGAGCUAGGAAAGUAUGGGAUCACUUUGGGAUUAAAACCAUGAGAGACUACCACGAUCUUUACCUAGAGACUGACGUUCUUUUGUUAGCCGAUGUAUUUGAAAACUUCAGGAGAACAUGUCUGGAAAAUUACAAACUUGACCCUGCAAAUUACAUGUCAGCACCUAGUCUAAGUUGGGACGCCUUCUUGAAACAGUCAGGUGAGGAAAUAGAACUUGUAAGUGAUAUGGACAUGUUUCAGUUCUUCGAGAAGGGAAUGAGAGGCGGUAUAAGUCAUAUUGCUCAUAGACACUCAACAGCUAAUAAUAAGUACAUGGAGACGUAUGAUGAGUCGUCUGAAAACAAGUACCUUAUGUACCUCGACGCUAACAAUUUAUAUGGCUGGGCGAUGUCACAACCACUACCUAAUGGAGAGUUCGAGUGGGUCGAGGAAGUUGAUGGUAUGAAUCUAGAUGAUUACCUAGGAGACAACGAAAGAGGGAUGGUUUUAGAGGUUGACAUGGAAUAUCCACAAGAACUUCACGACCUACAUAACGGUUAUCCUCUAGCACCAGAGAGUAAGGAAAUCAGUGCUUCUAUGUUGUCAGAUUAUGCAAAGAGUAUUGCUGAGAAAUUCCAGCUGACAAUUGGAGGAGUAAGAAAACUGGUAAACUCACUAGGACCCAGAAAGAACUACGUCUUACAUGUACGUAAUCUGAAACUCUACACAGACCUUGGAAUGAAACUCACGAAUGUUCAUAGAGCGGUUACAUUCAAGCAAUCUCCCUGGCUUAAGAACUAUAUUGACUUCAAUACAAAGAAAAGGUCAGUAGCUCGUAACACGUGCGAAAAGAACUUCUUCAAGCUAAUGAAUAAUUCAAUCUAUGGAAAAACAAUGGAAAAUCUUAGGAAAAGAGUUGAUGUAAAAUUAGUGUCCUCAAAAGACGACCUCCUAAAACUGACAGCAUCACCCUGCUUCCAGUCACAUCGAAUUAUGAAUGAGAACCUUAUAGUUGUAAAAAGAAUGAAGGAAGUUCUAACGCUAAAUAAACCGUGCUAUGUAGGAAUGAGCAUCUUAGACUUAUCCAAGACUUUAAUGUAUGAUUUCCACUACAACACAAUCAAGAAGGAAUACGGUAACAGGUCAAGGUUACUGUUCACUGAUACUGACAGCUUGAUGUAUGAAAUAAAGACGGAUGAUGUCUACGAGGACUUCAAGAGGAUCGGUAAAGAGCAAGACUGUUGGGAUAAUUCAGAUUACCCAAAAGAUUCUCCAUAUUACUCAACUCAUAACAAGAAGGUCAUAGGUAAGUUUAAGGACGAAGCUGAAGGAGUACCCAUAAUUGAGUUUGUUCGGUUAAGGUCUAAGAUGUACUCAUAUGUGAAGGAAAACGGUGGAGGUGGAAUGACCGCUAAAGGAGUCAAAAAGUAUGUCAUUAGAAAUAAGCUCACUCACGAGAACUUCAAGAAUGUAAUUAGUACGAAAGGUAGGAUGAGACAUAAUAUGAAUACAAUCAGGAGCAUCAAGCAUACAAUUGGAACUUACGAAAUGAGGAAGGUCACUCUAAGUUGCUUUGAUGAUAAAGGUAUAUCUUGGAAGAUGGAGUUACCAGUUAUGCUUACGGACACUACCUAACAAUUGAAGGAGGCCGUGAAAGUAGAGGUUGAAAGAAAAGUCGAACCUGUAAGUGAACUGAUAAAUGUGGGAAGACUACCAGAAGAAUAUACCCAAGAGGAAGCAAAUCACAUGAUAAUGGAAAGGGUAAGAAAUAAGUGUAGAAAACUGUGCCCCCUUCGAAGGACGCUAGUGGAACUUCUAUGGACUAGGAACAAUGAGGAGAUAUUACCACGGGAAGCUGGAGAUCGCAUAAAAGCUCUAGUAAACAUGGCAAUGGUAUAUGGAAGGUAGUUGUUCCAGCGUUGAUUGAAAAGCUUUAAUGGAAGGGUGUGUGUACCCUCAGGAGUGAAAUAAAAGAUGUUGAAUAGGCUUUGGAAUAGAGGAAUUGAAUGAGAUUGGUGGAGUUGAAAUUUGAAGAUUUGAAGAUUCGUUUUAAUUUUGUUAGAAAAUCUAGCGCCCAAAAAACCAGUAUGGUCUAGAAAAUAAAAUUAUGAUUAAAAAAUUCAGAUUGAGCCAGACGGAUUUCGGUUCACGGAAAAAUGGUCGGAAAUCUGAUCAUGCUCAUUAGCAUAAAAAAUGGUCUAGACACGCUAGUUCCUAUACUACUCACCUGAAAAUUUUUUCACGGAAAUGUUAGCAACCGUAGGGGGGGGGGAGAGGGAAAAUAAUUGCAAUCAUAUAAAAUGCAAUCUGAACAACAUUUUUCAUGAAGGCAAAGGGCGCUUGCCACCGGAGAGAGGGCACUUUUUGUGUUUUCUGAAAACUCCCCCCCGGUUCCUACGCCCCUGGUGUGGUUGUUCUCACAGGAUUUUCUGAAAAAUUCAAAAAAUUGGGUUUCAGUGAUAUAUGGGGCGGGAAGAAUAACAUCCUAAAUAGCACACCAAAAAAGUGAAUUGAAAGGCCAAAGUGGUUCUAUAUUUUAAGGGAUUAUGUUUAUGAAGGUAAAUGUCAAGGGGGUUCAAAUACUAAAUGGAGCAUAACUAGCAUGUUUACAAAGAUGUAUUUCUCUUUCGCAUAAACACUUCGGUCACAGUACGUAUAUGUAACCUUUACAAAUUAGAUUUCAAUUGACUUUUAAAAUCUAUAUGAGAAUGGUUAACAAUAUUUUCUCCUUUAUAUACUUUUUAAUAGGUUUUGCCAGGACUACAAGUACAACAGCAAAAAUCUCUUCCAAAUAUUGAGCCAGAUGAACUGGAAAAUCCUUCACCAUGUAUUGGCUCUGGAAGCUUUGGGCAGUGUCGUACAUGGUACUAUCCACGGUUUGAUAUAAACAUUGUUGAGAAGAUUAUGCCAGAUUCAAAUGAGACCACGGUUUAUAAAGAAGCACUGUAUCAGCAAAUGUUUUCCCAUAGAUGUGUGCUUCAUGUUUUUGGAAUAAACAAUACAAGGAAGCCAUAUUCCUUAUUUAUGGAGUUUGUUGGAAAGGACCUUCAAUCAUUGACAAUACACAAACUGUUGUAUGACAAACAAUCCAUGGAUAUUAUGGGAAGUAUGACAGUGCCAGAUUGGUUCAGAGUCUGUUAUGACAUUGCUAAUGCAUUACAAUACAUCCAUGAAAAGGGAUUCCUCCAUUGUGAUAUCAAAACAAACAAUGUUCUUGUGUCCCAUCACAAAAAUGGGUAUUUAAUUGACUUUGGGAAGGUGAAACAAAUUGCAUAUGCAUCAGGAAAGAAAUAUGCAAAGGUUUACAAUUAUAUUGCCGCCGAAGUCCUGAAUAGUCAUCCACCAAGUCCUGCAAGUGAUGUGUAUUCGUUUGGAAUCAUUACAAAGGCCAUCGGGGAAACCAUUGGAGAUAACACACUUCUUGAACUUGGACAACAGUCAUCAUCUGCAAUUCCUGCACAAAGGCCAAGCAUGAUACGACUUCUGUCAGCCUUAAAUCCAUAUACAUAUACAGGCAACACACUUGAUAAAGGACAGAAAAAAAACUAAGAUUAAUUAACCUAUUUACAGGACAUACCUACCAACGGCAAGUUAAAUUAUCUGGCAUUAGGCAGAGUAAAAUAUUAAAGUGGGGUGCAUUUGGGCACAUUUCCAGCUAAUGGGUCAUUAAUUAACACAAGAAAUGGGCAGAUAGUUUUGUUGACACAUUAACUAACUGGCAGGACCAUACUGUACCAUUGACGAGUAAAAUUGUGAGGCGUUAGAGUGUUAGACAGUAAAAUACUAAAGCUGGGCACAUUGCCAGCAAAUGGGCUACAGUAAGUAACUUAAAAUUAAUGAAUUAAAAGUUUCAAACUAAUUCAUUAAUGGUUGCAACAUAAUAAAACAAGAAUUUCUAAGUUAACAAGAUUUCACAUUCUAAACACCUCUUGGUAAUCAGGUCAAGUUUGCCAUAAUGAUUACUUACAGUGAGCUAUAUAAGUAUAAACCCGUAACUAUAAACAUUUUUAUCUAUGUGCAGAGCAAGAACUUCUAAGUUGUCAAGAUACAAUGUGUCUUUGGGCAACUGAUUGUCAAGAUAUUCUUGUCUUUCGGCAGUCAGUUCAAGCUUUGCAACAUGGUAAAAAUGCAUAAUUACGGUAAGCUAGUAUAAACUAUGAACCCAUAACCAACAUUUUAAUCUAUGUGCAGAGUAAGAACUUCUAAGUUGUCAAGAUACAGUGUGUCUUUGGGCAACUGAUUGUCAAGAUAUUCUUGUCUUUCGGCAGUCAGUUCAAGCUUUGCAACAUGGUAAAAAUGCAUAAUUACGGUAAGCUAGUAUAAACUAUGAACCCAUAACCAACAUUUUAAUCUAUGUGCAGAGUAAGAACUUCUAAGUUGUCAAGAUACAGUGUGUCUUUGGGCAACUGAUUGUCAAGAUAUUCUCGUCUUUCGGCAGUCAGUUCAUGCUUUGCAACAUGGUAAAAAUGCAUAAUUACAGUAAGCUAGUAUAAACUAUGAACCCAUAACCAACAUUUUAAUCUAUGUGCAGAGUAAGAACUUCUAAGUUAUCAAGAUACAGUGUGUCUUUGGGCAACUGAUUGUCAAGAUAUUCUUGUCUUUCGGCAGUCAGUUCAAGCUUUGCAACAUGGUAAAAAUGCAUAAUUACAGUAAGCUAGUAUAAACUAUAAACCCAUAACCAACAUUUUAAUCUACAUAGUCUAUGUGCAGAGUAAGAACUUCCAAGUUGUCAACUUGAAGAUACAGUGUGUCUUCACAUUAAUACAGUAUAUAAAUUAAUAACCAAAGCCAACAGUUACCAAAUAAUUGCUUGAUCCUGUAUAUUCGAACAGAACUCUAAGUGUUUUGUAGUAAUGUAAAUAUAUUAAUACUCUCAUCACAUUUGUUUGAAUAAAUAUUUUAAACGUUGUGGGGGUUUUUGUCCCCAUUUGUGUCGUUUGAUGCUUUUUACAUUUUGGUGGCAAAAGGGACGUAAUGUACAUGUGUCAAUCUAACAAUUUUUAUAUAAAAUAUACAAGCAGAAAGGCGAGAUUUUAUAUAGAAUCUGAAAGCCAGUCACUACGAAAACCCAUGCUUGGGUUUACUACAUGCAAAUUCACAAAUUAUUUCGAUUUUAGUCUAUGACUACAAAAUAGAAUACUACAAAUGCUUACCUUUUUAUAUAUCAAGUGAAGUUUACCUCUUGAAAAUCUUUAUUCUUAAAGUCAAACCUCGAGUUAAACAAUAAAUGAAUAAAAGCAGUCGUACCCUUUCUGCUCUCUGCACGUAAUACAACAACCGCAAAAAAAGUCGCAGAAUUGUCGUGCACGCGCGAAUUAACCUGGGGCGAGUGGAAAAGUGGAGAUAUGCAUUAAUCUACUUGAGUGGUACAGCCAAAUGAACUCAUGAUUAAGUGGAAGUCGAACAUCAAUAAACCUUAAUCACUAGAUAUGUUCAUGGAUUUUGGGCAAAUACGAGUCAAGUCUUUUAUGGCUUCAGGGGUUCUUGAAAACACAAGGUCUAGGAUAUUAUCUCCACGUGUAGAAUGAGUGUUAGUUUGUUCCAAAAAGAAGUCUAAAGUUAGUUCACGAAAUUCCACAGAGUUAGCUGAAACAGGUCUUCAGGCUACGAGAGUGGAGUUCCAAGUCAGUUCAGGGAAGUUAAAAUCACCAGUUAUAAGAAUCAGAUCAUAAUUUUGGGUGUCUUGUAAGAAUUCAGUAGACAUUUGAAACCAAGAUUCGGUUUUAUACUUCUGAGAUCGAUAACAGACACAUAAAAGAGCUUUUUUACUAUUUUGUUCAACUGGAUUUCGAUUGCAACAAUUUCUAGAAGAUCAUGCCAGUUUCGUUUAGGCAUUUUGAUGGCGUGCUGUAAGGAGCUCUGUGAUGAGCUCUCUGAUAAAACCGAUAUCUUUCUGAAUUUAUCGACAGCGAGUUUGAUUGAUUUUUUCGGCCAAAAGAAAAACAAAUUAACAUGGAGUGGAACCCUGAAUGACUUAAAAAUGUUUGUGUCAACAAUAAUCGAUGAAAAAGCCGCAGAAAGCGCCGUCUGGCGAUCACCAAGCGGCGGUAAGUGGUGUUUCACCUGCGAAGAUCUCGAGAUUACGUGGCACUCGAAGAGUGGAGCAAUAAUUUUUGACGGAGUCAAAGCGGGAAAUUUGGUAAAGCGAAUAAAAGAUAUCCUCUCAAAGCCAGACGACGCGGUGAAGACUAUCAAUAGCGAUCUUAACAUGGAAGCGAAUACUGAUCGAGGUUCGUCACGCAUCAUUGAAAACGAGGUAUCUAGUCAUAACAGUACUUGCUCUGUAGUUAUAGAGGGUAUAAAACUCGAGAUGGUAAUUUUGGAAAUCCGGCUACUCAAUACCAUAAAGGAGAAUAAGUCAGACAUUUGCUGGCUUAAAUUUAAAGUCAAAGAUCUAGAAGGUGUCAUCCGACAUCAGGAUGACGCAAUUCUCAAGUUCUCAGAAGAUAAUUUAAUUUUAAAAUCUAAAUUAUCCUCUUUUAAUUAA